UAUUUCAAAACAGUUAACCACUUCAGAGCACCACAGACGCAUCAUUCCCCGAUUCCGUAAAUAUUACUGACAACUGACAGCGCUGUCCUUUUCCCAUCAAACAGACGAUGACGAAGGGAACAUCAAGCUACGGAAAGAGGCACAACAAGUCUCACACCCUGUGCCGGAGAUGUGGGCGAUCGUCAUACCACAUCCAGAAGCACAAGUGUUCCCAGUGCGGUUACCCUGCUGCUAAGAUGCGCUCCUACAACUGGAGUGUCAAGGCUAAGAGGAGGAAGACCACUGGAACUGGUCGCAUGCGCCACCUGAAGGUCGUCAGGAAGCGAUUCAGGUACGGCUUCCGUGAGGGCACCCAGCCCAAGCGCCAGGUGAAGGCCGCCGCCGCCGCCAAGUAAAUGUUCGCCGGUAUCAGCAAAUAAAACACAAAGUACC